CCAUUCUUACCCCCACUACGGAGCUUCGGCCAGCUCCUGCGCUUCUCUUGCAUGGACCUUCAUCAUCACCCAGCCUCCGCAAUCCACUCUCUCUCUCUCUCUCUUUCUCGAGCGAGCGAGCGCGGCGGAAUCAGACAGGCAGGCAGACAGACAGAAAGACAUGGCACCCGAUCCUCGUUGCCUUAAAAAGCUCGCAGCCAUCUUUGCUGCUGAGUCCCAGAACUGACGGGGCGGCCUGAUCGAUCGGUCGGUCUCGUGCAUCAGCUUCUUCCGUUUGCGGUUCCGCCAUCUCUCCGGCAGGCUAGCAUGCAUGUGCAAGCAUCGGUAGACUGUCGGACCGACACCGCCAGCAGCACCACCUGGAGCCUGGAACCUGGGCUGGACGAAAAGCAAAAGGAGAAGGACGCAGAAGAAGAAGCAGCAGCACAAGGAAGAGCGACGCUAGCAUCGACGACAGGCGCAGCAGCAGGAGCGUAAUUUCUGCUUCUGCCUCGUUCAGUAGUACGGGGCCCGGCCCGGCCCUUCUCUCUCACGUGCUUCCCCCGACGACGCUCUUGCUCUGCUGGACACAUUCAGCCGACGUCAGUGUGCCCAGCCGCUGCGUCACUCCUCCUCCGACAUGCACUUGUCCAUUGCGCUCGCUCUCCUCGAGCCUCGUGUCGCCGGUCCAGAGUUCCACUCACGAAUGGGCCGCAGCACCAGCAGCACCAGCAGCAGCGAAGUCACAAUUGUAACUCGUUGCUGAUUGCAUCGAAUGUUUCCGACUGUCACCGAUUCUCGUCGAAGCUCGCUGGCUGGCUGACUUGGCUGGCUGGGCUGGGCUGGGCUGAGUCUCUCUCUCGCUCUCUCUUGAGCAUCCAUCCUCCAGCAGCAUCCUCCUUACUUCUAUCCAGCAUUGUACUCCUCGUCCAACAAUUACCCCUACGGUUGUACUGCCAGCAUCCACACACAAGUGGCGCUGCCAUAGCCUUGGGCCUAGGCCUCCAGAUUAGCUGGGUGCUGGUUGUCUGCCAUUCUAUGACUCUAGUAGGAGCUACGAGCUCAAGCACACGAUUCCAGCGUACGAUAAUCAGGAAGCGAGCGGAAACUCCUCCGCGGCAGCCAUGUUAACAGAUGAGCGUAAUUUCCAAGAAGAAUACGCAAUUCCCGAGAAGUUCUGGGCCUUGUCGGAGCGAAGAGCACUUAUCGUCUGAUGCUCGCAGAGCGCGCAGCACGUCGUAAUUGAACACCCCAAUCUCCUCGGUUCCGCCUUUCCCAAUUUUCAGAAGAACAUCAACAGGAAGCACGAUGUGCGUGCGCUACUUUAGUCGAAGAAGAUGUCAAAGCUCGAAGAAGACCUUUAGAAAAAAACUGCGACCAUCGCCCGAAUGUCACAAGCUUCUGUCCAAGUCCAAGCCGUCGGGCGGCUCACGAGACCAUGCACGCCUGCCCGCUUGCGCUCCAGAGGCCGUGGACUUGUUUUGCCCCGAGUCGCUCCCCAUGUUAGAUCCACAGAGCUGUCAGGUCUCUUCCGAUGCUGCUGCUGCAGCAGUCGAGCCGUCUGAUCUUCCCACGGAUGAACUUCGGCUCGUUGCACCGAUGACAACACCCAGCAGCAGCAGCAGCAGCGACCCAGGAGCUGCAUUUAAUGCAAAAUCGCCUCCCGGCUGCAAUGUCAAAGAUGGCGUGUGGCAUGACAUCGACGGCAUGCCUCAGAUGCUUCCGAGCUUGCGCCCUCGCGCUGCAGAUCCUCGACAUGGGUUGGCCGACGGCGGUGGCUGGCAUAAUUUCUGCCCCGAUCCUGGCUCGCAGCCCGGACUCGGCGCCGUCAAACGACGAGGCUGGCAUCUCGAGACAGCCGCAUCGUUUAUCUCUUCGGGGAACUCUCGUCAGUCCAAUUAUUUGCCCUGUGAAAGAUGGCCCGUCCGAGCACGUGCACCGUUGUCUCUUCCGUCUACGAGGACAGCUUGCCACGAUCGCCGGCAGCCGACUAAGCCGUCGAGCUCGUUCAGAAUCAAUGGGACCAUGCGUUUACCUGAUGAUCAUGACUUCUCAUGUCCGUCGAAAUUCGGUGAGGCCAUGGGCAUUCUGCUCGAGAAAGAGACUGCUUCUUGCUUCCAGCUCUCGAAACCUUACAUCGACAGGCUCACGGAGAAUUCUGCCCAGAAGUUGGAGCACAAUGAACUGAGGGACGAGCGCAGGGCCAUAGUCAACUGGAUAUUUGAGGUCACCAGGCUCCUCCAACUGAGCUCACUUUCUGCUGCACAUGCAGUGUCCUUUUUGGACCGAUACCUCUCGCAGCGUUUCUUCCCGGACGCUGAAUUUGGAGCGAAUGUCGACAUCCGACUGGCGGCUACAGCUUGCAUCUGGAUUGCGGCGAAACUGGAAGACAGUGGUGCUCCCGAUCUCUCAUCCAUGCGGGAGCUUUUCUCUUUAGACUACGACGAGGAGAAGAUUCGAAAGAUGGAAGUCUCCGUGUUGAAGUGCUUGGGAUGGCGGAUGCUUGCCGUGACUGCGUUGGAUUUUCUAGCGAACAUGGUGGCCCAACUACCUGCUUUCGGCUUGCCCACUCAUCUGUUGCGGCCCGUCGGCCAUCGUUCCGAGGAGAUCAUGCAAGGGCUCCUUUCAGGAAUCGGAAAAGGUUUGCCACCGAACUUUGAUGGACCUUGUGGUGGAUCCCGACCUCGUUUGCUCGCUUCCAUCUCCUGACCGAGUCGAUUGUGCAAGCUCAAGGGAAGAGCCUAGCGGUUGCUUUCAGUGGACUGAUGCCAUUGGACAUCGAUACCUUCUAUCAACUUCUACGUCUUCCAGUCUCAGAAGUUCUGAAAUCCUAAAAUGCUGAUUUCCUCCCAGUUUGAAGAGAAUAUACAGCAUUUCAGGCAAAUCUUUCGACAUCUUGUCGAAUAAUAUAUGUCCAUCUUGUGGCUCCAACUGACUCGGCUUUCAGCGAGUUCGCCUCUUCACAUUUGCAUAUAUUCAGCUAUAUCAAAACUAAGUUCUGGACAAGACUAAAUAGAACAUCAGUGACCUCUCCGAUUGGCGGUUGAUCUAAUCGCAUGAAAAACUUCGAAUCUUCCAAGUGAUGUGUGGAAGAAUUUCAAAUUAAUUGUCAAGUCUAUAAGCGUACUGAUACUCGAGAAAGAUCUGCAGUGUGAUUUGGACUCCUCAGAAUGUACACCAAGUGCGUAGCUCUUGGAUCACUGGAUUGAAAACUACGGUGCUUUCACCCGACGUUAGCAUGGAACUGCAUUUGUGGUGGGAUAUUACCCUUUACUGCAAGUAGUAGCUUUACUAUUAGCAAGCCUCUUUCACCGUGUUCGUCAUUGUGGACAUUUUGGACAAUUUGGAAGGUCUUAACGAGCAAGUUCCACUCUUGAACCCUUCCAACAUCCUGGCCCACGAGUUUCUUUACCUUGCACUUUGCACUACUGUGCAGAGUACAAGGUAAUGCAACUCGUGGAAGCAUGCAAAAGUUUUCCCUAUCAGAGCCAACCGGAACAUCGAUCAGCACGCAAGUUAUCUGUGCAUUCCAGUAUCCUACCUUCCUCCUAAAUGGUUCCAUGAACCCUGCCUUUGCAUUUAUGACGAUCCAGAGUUUGAUGUCCAAAUCAUGGCUGGAGAAACUGAGAUCUUUAGGAAGGUUUUGACCAUGAAGCCUUGA